AUGGGCGGAAAGUGUGCAUAUCUGGACAUUAGGAUUGGAUCUGAGCCUAUAGGUCGUAUUGUUCUUGAACUAUUUUGGGACAAAGCGCCUUUAGCUUGCGAAAAUUUCCUAAAGUUGAGUAGUGAUGGCGUGAAAGUGGGUGACCAGCACUUUGAAUUUAGGAACAAUAGCUUUCAUCGCCUGAUCCAAAAUUUCAUGAUUCAAGCUGGGGAUGUUAUUUAUGGAAGGGCAGAUCAGAUAGCUGAAAACUCUACUCAGGUUGGAAAAGGUGGAUGCUCGAUAUAUGCAGAAGAAUCUGAAAUCGAACAUACCACGGCGUCGGACAGCAUUCAUUGCUACGGGAAUUUCAAAGAUGAGAACACGGUCGAGUUUACUCAUCCGUUUAUGCUAGCUAUGGCCAAUAUGGGUACCGAAAAUUCAAACAGCUCUCAAUUUUUUAUUACGACAAGUGCAGCGCAACAUCUGAACCACAAACACAGCAUCUUUGGGUAUGUGUUGCAUGGGAAGUCUGUUGUUCGGACUGUGGAGCAUCUAAAUGUGGACUCCGAUGGACUUCCUCUCGAACCCGUUGUUAUUGAAAAUUGUGGCGAGUGGAUAGAAUCAAUGGGCGUUCCCGUAUUCAACACCUGUAAUGACAAACUUGGUGGAGAUAUUUACGAGGAGUUCCCAGAUGACGAUGAUCACUUUGAUAAGGAAUCAGCUGAGAAGGCUUUAGAAGCGGCUACUACGAUAAAAAAUUCUGGAUCACUAUUGUUCAAGCAAAGAGAUCUCCAAAACGCAUUCUUUAAGUACAAGAAGGCCCUCCGUUAUGUUAAUGAGUGCAUUCCAGAAACUGAUGUAAGUAAAGAGUUCAACUUGAAGUUUAAUGAUCUCAAAGCGAAACUAUAUUUGAAUAUGUCUCUGGUAAAGUUUCAACAGGAACAAUUUGAAGAUGCACAAACUUUUGCUACUUACUUGUUAGAGAUGCCAAAUCCAUCUGGGGUUGACAAAGCUAAAGCUUUGUACAGACGCGGAAAUUGCCAUUAUGUCAAAAGAAGAUUUGAAGACGCUUUAAAAGACUACAAGGCUUGUAAAGAGCUCAAGCCCAACGACGAAGCCGUCGACCAAAAAAUUACCAACACUAUGAACAGUUUAGAGGAAGCAAAAGAGAAGACUAGGAAGAAUAUAGCGAAAUUUUUUAGCUAG